AUGGAGUAUAGACGCUUGUUCAAUUCUAAGUCGCUGAUGGUGGCUGCCGUUGUAAUUCUUCUGGUUGUGCUUACAACUUACAACUCCUCACCAGAAUUACACAACCAUCCAGUGGCGUACUCUCGAGCUGGGACCGAUCGCCAACCUGAUGAGGUCACGCUACCAACGUGUUCAGACUCAGGGGAGGAUAAAAACUGCAUGAAAAGCCGCCUACCGAAGUGCCUUAUCAUAGGCUUCGCGAAGUGCGGGACCUACUCGCUCAUCGCGUUUCUAGCCAUGCACCCAGACAUCGUGACAGCGAAACGGGAGAUUAAGUUCUUCAACGAGAAUUACGACAAAGGGCUGAACUGGUAUGCGGAACAGAUGCCUCCGUCAGGCUCUUCCCAGAUUACAAUCGAAAAGACGCCUGGUUAUAUCCUGUCUAAGACAACCUUAGACAGGAUCCACGAGUACAACAGCAGUAUAAAACUGAUCGUCAUAGUUCGAGACCCCGUUAUCAGGCUCCCUUCAUCUUACGCUCACCAGGAGGGGAAAAGAAACAUACCAUCGUUUCCGAAGUGGUUCAGAAGUGUGAACUUCACCGAUAGAAUGAACUACUUCCAAUACAUCUCUGUUGUCUACAAGGUGUUUCCAAAGGAUCAGAUCUUAGUGCUCUGCGAGGAGCAGCUGGAGGACGAUCCACUGUCUGUGAUGAGAGACGUUGAACAAUUUCUAGGAAUUCGCCAAGCGUUUAAAGAAGACCACUUCAUCUUCAACGAAGACAAGGGAUUUUACUGUUUUAAUACAUCGUACCCAAGGUUCCGGGAGUUGUCUGACGUUCUGAGAGUGGUUCCUGCGACAGGGUGUUUCUCCAACGCCAAAGGCCGCGUGCAUCCGGAUAUCAGCCCGGCGUUGUUGAGAGAGAUGGCGUCCAUAGCAACAAAGUACAACGAACAGUUAUUUGCUCUCAUAGGUAAACGUUUUAACUGGACUGAGCCUUAA